AUGCUGGGCCAGGUCGACGGCGGGGUGUCAGAGGGUCAGCUGUGCGUUGCUUGCCACUGGCCAGACUUGCACGCGCCCGCUGCUUGCCUCGACGUGGCCUUGUGUAUCUGGCUCGAGAGUCAGGAGGCUCCCGCCUCCGCCCUGGAGCAGCAGCGGCAGCUGCGCGUGCAGCGGCAGCUGCUGUCGCAGCUGCAGGAGCGCACGGCGGAGCAGCGCGCGCAGGGCGCGGAGGGGCGGGCGCCGCUCGGGCUCCGCCCCGCCGCGCAGCCGGAGCUGCGGCGGGCGCAGGUCGUGCAGAACCCGCUCCACCUGCACGGCAAGAGCCUCCGGCUCGCUUUCGAGCCUGGGGCCAUAGCACCAGCAGCCGUGGCCGAGGGCGGCCACCCCCCUGAGGGCCAGGGCAACGAAACCCCGGCCGCGGAGCCAGAGUGGCACUUGGCCUUCACCUUCGACGCCACUGUGCAGUGCGAGGUGCUGGUGCACACCUGCUUGGAGGACGCGAGCCUGGAUAGCGCCCCCCUCGUGGCGGCGGCGUGGACCUCCCAUCCUCGGGAGCGCGCCGGUCGAGGGCUGGCGGUGACUUGGACGGACGGCGCCCUCCCGACCCAGCCGCGGCUCUACGCGGAGCCAGGGCUCGGCCUCCGGCACCAGUGCCCCGUCGAGCUGGGGGGCUUCCGCCCGCAGAGGGCCCACCCGGGGGAGCUGUGCACGUCGGCGCUCUGCGUGGAGCUGCGCACCGCCGGCGCAGCCGCCGCCGAGGGCGUGGCCGCGCAGUGGACCCUGGUCGGCCUUGUGCACAGGGCUGCGGAUGCGGGCACGCCAGGCGCGGCCGCGACGCUGGCGGCGCUGCCGCCCGCGGUCGUGUGCGAGGUGAGGGCCCAGCGCGUGCAGCUGCCCGUCGCCGGGCUGGCGUCGAACUACGACGUGCACGAGGUCUUCGGCGGGCCCCAGUCGGCACAGUCGCCUCAGCACGGCGCGGCCAGCACGGACUGCGUCAUCUGCAUGUCCGAGCCGCGCGACACCGUGGUGCUGCCGUGCAGGCACAUGUGCCUCUGCGGAGGGUGCGCCGACGCCAUGAGGAGCAGGGUGCAGUACCGCUCGUACAGGUGCCCCAUCUGCCGCGAGAGGGUGUCGUGCCUGGAGCAGGCCCAGCGAUCGCAGCCGGAUGCCUCGUACGCCGAAGGGUACCAUCCGCAUAGGCGCGCCCAUGCUGCCCACGUCGCGAGCUACGGCCGGUACGACCGCGCCCGGCCAGACGGCAGCCAGGAUGGCAAGAACGGCAGGUCGGCCCUGCUCGCCGAGGCAGCCGUCUGCCAGGGCCCAGAGGUGGCGCGGCAGGUCACGAGGCGCGGCGCCGAGAGGGAGGCCGCGGCGGGCAGCGCAGCCGACGACGCGGCGGGCGGAGUGGCCCGGGCGGCGCUGCGGAGGAAACGCAACAGGCGGCGCCCGACGGCGCUGCACGUCUUCGAUCCGCAGCGGAAGUUCGAGGUCUAUCCUGAGGAGCGCGUCGUGGGAGAGAAGGACCCCCGAUGCAUGCGGUGUGGGCAUGAUGGCCAACAUGCAGAAGCCUCCUUCCCACGAGCUGCUGAAAGCCAUCAUGCGGGCGUGCCAGUGCAUGGAGCACCGUGGUGCGUGCAGGAGACUAGCGGCAUGGACAGCAACAUCCAGAUGUGCGGCGGGGACGACAGCGGAGACGGCGCGGGCAUCCUCACGCAGAUCCCGUGGGAAAUGCUCGCCGCGGAAGUCGCGCUGCCCGAAGACCGCUCCGGCGUGGCGGUGGGGAUGCUGUUCCUCACGAAGGACACCGAGGCCCGCGCCAGGCUCAAGGAGCGCUUCGAGCUGAAGCUCGAGCACGAGGGCUUCCACAUCCUCGGGUACCGCCAGGUGCCGGUGGACAAGAGCGUGCUUGGCAAGGCGUCGGCGGAGUCGGAGCCGUGGAUCGAGCAGAUCGUGGUGCAGCACCCGGACGCCCGCGGCGACGAGCUGGAGCUGAAGCUGUACCUGGCGCGGAGGAACGCCGAGAUCGGCGAGGAGCGCGGGUUGCAGGGCAAGCCCGACGAGGGCGCAGGGCAGACCAGACCGAAGAUGCGCCGCCGCCUGGCAGACGCGAAGCCGCUGCCGCGGGGAGCCCAGGAGCCUGUGGAUGAGGAAGCAGGUGGCGCAGCCGCCAAUCUGCCGCCGGCGACCAGCGCCGCCGCCGCGCGCGGCGCGGCCAGCGAGUUGCGGGGCGAGCCUGACAAGGGCGCAGGGCAGACCAGACCGAAGAUGCGCCGCCUGGCAGACGCGAAGCCGCUGCCGCCGGGAGCCGACCAGGAGCCCGCGGAUGAAGAAGCAGGUGACGCAGCCGCCAGUCUGCCGCCGGCGACCAGCGCCGCCGCCACGCGCGGCGCGGCCAGCACCAAGCCGAAGAAGAUGCGCCGCCUGGCAGACGCGAAGCCGCUGCCGCCGGGCGCCCAGUUGCAGGGCGAGCCCGACGGGGCCGCCGCCAGCGCCGCCGCCGCCGCCGCGGCUGGCGCGCAGGCGGCCAGCUCCGGAUCGGCGCCGCCGCCGCCCGCCGCGCCGCCCGCUCCUGCUGCGAGGCAGUCCGCGCCGCCCCCGCCGCUGCUGCGUCGACGUCCCUGUGCCUUCGUCAACGCUCGGCAGUCAUGCUACAUGAACUCGUUGCUGCAGGCGCUCUUCCCGCUGGUCCCAGUGCGGCGCGCUGUCCAAACGGCGCUGGGCGCGCUGGGCCCCGCGCCAGAGGAAGGCCUCGCCGAGCUGUUUUACCGUGGGAACAAGCUGGUGGGGGCGGCGAUAGCAGCCCAUAACCCCAUCAGGGCGAUCGUGCCGAAUCUCUUCAUGGACAGGCAUCGCGACCGGCAAGAGGACGCCCGGGAGUUCUUGCAGCUCAACCUGUUGCAGAACGAUGGCCCGUUGCUCGCGGACCUCUGCCGCGGGCGGGACGCGCCGCCGCUGUCGUGCCCGACGUGCCCUACGUCCCGGAACUCAAGCGGCGCAGAGCCUUUCGCGCUCCUCUCUCUGCCGCUGGUGGGCGCGGGCGGCCUCCUGACUUUCCUGUCGGUGCGCGCUGCGCUCGCCGCUUGCCUCGACGAUCCCUUCCCCGUGCAGGUAGACGACUGGCAGUGCGAGUGCUCGGGCCUGGCCUUGCGACGCGCCGAAGUUCUCAAGACGCACCGCAUCGCGGAUUUCCCGGAGAUCCUGCUGAUAAACCUCUCGUGCGCUGGAAGUCGGCGCUCGACGUGGUCCCGCGCGCGGUCGCGGCCGACGACGUCCUCGAGGUGCGUGGCCCUGGGGGAUGAGGUCGCCUUUUUCCUCAACGGGCAGGGCGCGUCGGCGGGGGAGAAAAUCUACCUCGCCUUCUACGAGAGGGCAGAGCGCGCGGCGGCGCGUCCCGCGCAGGGUCGGCCCGCGUGGUGGGUGUACCCCGGCCUCGCCGACGGCGAGAACGGCGUGCGCCGCGGGAGGAGAGCAAGACCAACCGGAUGCCGAAGCCCGAGACGAAGGAGAGGGCCACGAGUCCAGGCGCCGCAGGAUCCAAGUCCAGACCCCAGGAUCGGUCGCAACGUGGCAUUGGGCCAGCAGCCUGUAGUACUCGAGUUCACCAUCGGACCAGACUUCAAAAGCAUCAUGAUGGAGAUACAGAAGGCAUUCUCCAAGAGACUCGCCGACUCCGUGUCCACGAAGAUCAUCAUCGACCAGCAGUGCAAGGGAUGCAGCAGGUUCGUGUUGCGGGUCGGAAGAGGUGUCGUGCUGUGGGACAAGCCGAGCAUGAUGGCGCAUCGAGACAAUCCGUUCGAGACCUUCGAGUCUUCGCGGAAUUUUGUCAUGGAGACUAUCAAAGAGAGAAUGCCCACCUUGUUGCGGGCCACUAGGAAGCCACCUUGAGGAGGAGCUAGCAGACCCGCACAAAUCUGCGUGAAUCCGUUGACGGGCAUUGUGAUUCAAGAGCAUGGUCUCUUUCGAGAUGUCGUGUGAGUACCCGGUUGUGCCAGGCGAGUUGUUUUGUAAAACAUGGCCUUUGCUUUGGAUGCGUGCCCUGAGUGGUGCGAUCAAGCAGUCCAGUGUCGUGUACUGCAGUCCUAUACUCUGAUGGAAAAGCAGGAGGCGGCACGGGUUGACGGUGGGUUUGUCGGGGCGCCCUCAGCACAAGCAUGCGGCACGCUCUGUGGCGGUGCGGCCACGAGGGUCGUGCUGAGCUGCGGGGCUUUGGCCCCGAUGGGGUCGCAGGCCCUCCGCCCCUGCUCGCGGGGUCCUGCGGCUGCCUUGGCCCAGCAGGCGCCCCUGACGCGCCGCAUAUCCCCACCGGCCCACCCUGCGACGACGCAGCAGGGCAUUGCCUGGAUCAGGGGUGCGCAGGAACAGACAGCGACACCGACGGAGGUCCGCCGUGCCGUCGCCGGCUCACUGCCCUCUCGUGCCCUCCUCUGUAGGCAGGGGGUCCGCUUCGGGCACGAGGGGCGCCGCGCGGGCCCGGACUGGCGGACGCCUGAGGUCGUCACUGCAACACGAAGCCAGGA